AAGCACAAGACUCUCUCUCACCACACAAUAGGACAGAGACAUAUUCUUGGACUGCAAAACGUUCAAAUCUUACAAGAUUUGAUUUCAGUCAUAUGUUAAAGAAACUUCAAGGCUUCUAGUCAGCUGAUGAUGGAUCUGAAAUUGUGGCUCUCAAUUCUGAUGGUUUGUGGAAUGGCUGAAUCUAAAUUCUUUGGCAAGGACUUUCUCAUAAAUGUGCCAUCAAGAAUCCCUGUUCUUGAAAGCUCAUGUGUGGUCAUUCCCUGUGUAUAUUCGUAUCCCAAGACAAAAAAAAUAUUGAACAGAUUUCGGGCAUUCUGGUUCAGAGGGCACACGAUGGUCGCAUCAAAUUUCCCCGAGUUGAGACUAACGCGCGAGUUCCACCAUCGAACCAGAAUGGCAGGAAGCAUUGAAAGUGGCAACUGUACCUGGCAGCUGUAUUUCAUCAGAAAAACCGACACUGGUCCGUUUUACUUCAGAAUUGAAAUUCCACAACAUAAAAGCUUCACUUACUCAAAAAAUAAGGUGACCCUCGAUAUCUUCCAAGUUCCUAAGCCUCCCGUGAUGACUAUAGAAGUCCGUAAUAAAGUGACUGCCACCUGCAAAGUUACUCACGUCUGUCCAACAUCUCCUCCCCACAUCUCCUGGAGCCGCGCAGGAACGUGGAACACAAUGUCAAAACAGGAGAAUAAAUGGUUGUGGUCAACAACAUCGACCAUGACCUUCAUCCCUCGAGUAGCCGAUUUUAACAAGCGUUUAGAAUGUAAGGUGACAUUCCAUGGCAGGAAGACCACAAAGGGCUCUGUGCUUGUCUUCAAGAAGAGGAAACAAAAUAUUGGAGUACUAAAUUAGAGCAAUAUUUUUUAGAGCUAUCUGCCAUAAUGUCAGUGAUUUUGCAGAAAAAGGCCUGAAUUAGUAAAUCUGCAAA